AGUGUUGUGUGCGCUCUGCUCGCUGUGUUUGCUGCUGGCUCCCCUCUGUCGUCCAUUACAGCUCGGUACCAUCCCCACUGUACGGCGCAGGCCCGAAGUAGCGCAGCCGCUCUGAGUCAUUGUACCGUGGAUCCAGCUGUGUAGACCAGGUGGCCGAUAAUGGACGAGCACGUCGUUCACCAGACAGAGCACAUGACCACCAUCGAGGCCAGCGCCGUCAGCCAACAGGUCCAGCAGGUACAUGUGGCCACCUUUACCGAAGCAUCUAUGAUGAGUGCCGAGGAAGACUCGACAUCCUCGCCAGAUGAUGAUCCUUAUGAUGACACGGACAUCCUCAACUCGGCUGGCACUGAUGAGGUCACUGCUCACCUGGCUGCCGCAGGCCCAGUAGGCAUGGCUGCUGCUGCUGCAGUGGCAACUGGUAAGAAAAGAAAGAGGCCUCACAUCUUUGAAUCAAACCCCUCCAUCCGCAAGAGGCAGCAGACUCGUCUGCUCAGGAAACUACGAGCCACCCUGGAUGAGUACACCACCAGAGUGGGCCAACAGGCCAUAGUGCUGUGUAUCUCUCCCUCCAAACCCAACCCUGUGUUCAAGGUGUUUGGAGCUGCUCCUCUGGAGAAUGUGGUGAGGAAGUAUAAGGGCAUGAUGUUGGAGGAUCUGGAGAAUGCUCUGGCUGAACACGCACCCGCUGGUGGAGAGAUGUCCUCAGAGCUGCCUCCUCUCACCAUUGACGGCAUCCCCGUCUCUGUGGACAAGAUGACCCAGGCCCAGCUGCGAGCGUUCAUCCCAGAGAUGCUGAAGUACUCGACGGGCAGAGGGAAGCCCGGCUGGGGUAAGGAGAGCUGCAAGCCAGUGUGGUGGCCUGAGGACAUCCCGUGGGCCAACGUCCGCAGUGACGUCCGCACAGAGGAGCAGAAGCAGAGGGUGUCGUGGACGCAGGCGUUGCGGACCAUCGUUAAGAACUGCUACAAGCAGCAUGGCCGUGAGGAUCUGUUGUAUGCUUUUGAAGACCAGGUAACCACGACAACCACCACCCAACACCACUUGACCACAGCACAGAGUAUCGCUCACCUCGUGCCCUCGCAAACGGUGGUACAGACCAUCAACAACCCUGACGGAACAGUCUCACUCAUCCAGGUUGGCACAGGACACACAGUUGCCACCCUGGCAGAUGCAUCAGAGUUGCCCAGUGUGACGGUGGCGCAGGUCAACUACUCCACUGUGACUGACGGAGAGGUGGAGCAGAACUGGGCCACGCUACAGGGCGGCGAGAUGACUAUCCAAACCACUCAGGCUUCAGAGGCCACGCAGGCGGUCGCAUCCCUAGCAGAGGCCGCUGUCGCCGCGAGUCACGAAAUGCAGCCCGGAGCCACCGUCACAAUGGCUCUUAACAGUGAGGCAGCAGCCCACGCUGUAGCAACGUUGGCAGAGGCCACUCUACAGGGCGGAGGGCAGAUUGUCCUGGCAGAGACAGCAGCUGCUGUUGGGGCACUGGCAGGGGUUCAAGAUGCCACAGGUCUGGUCCAGAUCCCGGUCAGCAUGUACCAGACUGUAGUGACCAGCCUGGCCCAGGGCAACCGGCCCGUCCAGGUCGCCAUGGCACCUGUCGCCACACGCAUAGAUAACACAGUCACGCUCGACGGCCAGGCGGUGGAGGUCGUAACCCUGGAGCAGUGACGGUGUAGACCCUGGAAUGAGUAGGAUGCACUGAACGGCCACCGUGGAGAUUUGUUUAUCCUACUGUUUUCCAAGACGUCAUGCUGUGUACAAUGUCAGAUAUAUUUUUAAAUGUACAUCUGCAGGGGAAGUGAAAGCGAGUUAUUAAUGUGUUUACUAUGUAAAGAUAUUGCUUUUGUUGGUGUAAUUUUUCUCCCGUUUAGCUUCAUGGGUUUUUUUUUUUAGCUCUGUGAUGUUGAGUAUUUAGUAUUUAUUUCUUUACAAUCAACCUUUACUUAAAACAAAGAUGAACCAAAAAGCCUGGGAGGAAAGCCACCACUGCUUCACCACAGUGUGUAACGAUCACUGGUCUGGAUUUUCAUCAUCGUCUAUGUGCUUGACUGUUUCGUUUUUAGGAUACAUUUACAAUUCAGUGCCAUCGUCAGAGAUCACUCCUCCUGUUUCCCAUAUCCUCCAUCACUAUCCUAAACUCUCUCCACCUCAUCUCACCUAAAACGUAGUGUACAGAUCAGCAUCGGAGCCCCCCCGUCAUUUCUCACAUUAAAUAAUGAAACAUUAUGUUGGAAUAUAACAUCUUGUCGUGUGCUUUUCCCUCUGUGCUGUUUUACUGUAGUCCACGCACAUGCCAAGAUUUGUGAAGACUCAGGAUAUACAACAAGGUGUUUUUUACUGCUGGAUCGCUGAGCUGACUUCCUGAAGCAGCCACUUUGUCUACCAAAUCCAUUUAUCUACAGUGCAUGGAUAGGGGCACCCCUUGGUAUGUUAUUUUUUUAACAUGAACUCCUUUGUAUGUCACUUAGGACUUGGUGGUUUGCAUCACUUUGUAUCUCACAGGAUGUUGGUCAUGCUCGGACAGGAGCUGCAGUAUUUGUGAUGCAAAUGUCAAAAACCUUGCGACAGAAUAAUUGCUUGCCAGAAUCAACUUAGUUUGAUGCAGCUAUAACAGUUGGUUCAACUCUCACCACUAUUUAAAAAAUAAAGUCCAAUAAAAUGGAUGCUGC